AUGAAAUCUUUCGGCUAUACAUCUAUUGUACUCGUCUUAUAUCCGUUUCUUUGCGAGUAUUUGUUCCGGAUGAAGAAAAUGAUGUCAGUUUACUAGGGUGUAGUGUUUUGUAAACUAUGUCAACAUGGCGGGUUUCCAUGUUUUUGUCUGAAAAGUAGGUUAACAACCAUAAACGUUUGGUGGCUACAUCAGCACAACUAAAUCAGCAACCAUGUCAUCGCCAGAGGCUUCAAAUACAAGACUGGACCACACAUAUGACACUGCCCCUAUGUACCAUGACGAGACAUUGCCAGAAGGAUGGUCAAGAAUCGUUGUACAGAGACAACUGGGAAAAUCAGCAGGAAAAUAUGAUGUGUAUAUUAAAAGUCCUGAUGGGAAAAAAUUUCGAUCGAGGACAGAGCUGGAGCGUUAUGUUGCAGAAGUUGGAUUAGAUGUCAACCCUGAAGAAGUUGACUUCUCAGUCCGGGGAAAAAAAAAUACAGCCAAUACAACACCCUCACGGAAACAAAAAUCGGAUUCAGUGAAAACAUUGAAAUCGCCCUCAUCAAAACUGUUGGUUUCUCAUCCAGCAUUCUCAAAACCGAAAAAGGAUGAUAGUUCAAAGAAGGGACUGAAGAAAAGUCCCAAUAAAACCUUGUCUCAAAAACUUGUGGUGAAAAUGGCCUUUGGGCCUGUGAAAGGAAAGAACAGAUCAUUUGAAGAGGAUGUUGAAAAAAUCAAUGAAGCUAACAAACUGCUUGAAACUGCUGGAACUAAAUCACCAUCUCCACCAUCUGUGCCGCAAGUGAACCAGGAAUUGAGUAAAGAAAGUAGCAGAAAAAAGCGUAAGAAAUCAGUGGAUGUAAAUGUGACAGCUAAGAAAAUACGAACAAAAGAUGUAUCGGAAAAAGAAAACGCUGUGAAAAGAUUGUCUGCUCUGGAUGAAGUCCCUGUUGAUACAUUAAUUUCUCCACAGAGAAAGAAAAGUUUGGAUUCUGAAGGUGAAAUGUCGCCAUCAAACAAACUGAAAAUGAAAGAAAGCAAAAAUGAACGUAGGAAGAGUUCCGACUCUCAACGUAAAAGCAUAGAAAACAAGGUAGAGAAAGUUCGGGCAAAACGAGGUGAAGCUGUGGACAAAGAGUUAAUGGUCCUGGCAAACAUCCGGGCGAACUCCCGCAGCGAGAGGCACAGAAAACGUGAAGAGAACCUGGCCCCGGGACCGUCAUCAAUGGAGAUGGAGGAGCCGGAGAUUGAUGUCAGUGACGUUGUGGUGCCCAAGAGAUAUGACACCAGCGGCUACAAUGAGGAAGAGGACCUAGCUCUUGGAGAAUAUGAAGACGAGACAAUGUCAGCUCCGAACAUUUUCACUGGACAGAUCAAGUACGCGUACAUUCACUCGACGUCUAUGAAGUACAGCGCAGGCUCGCUCAUCCUCACGCGGACAGAUGAGGGCUGGAUGUUGGAGGUGCACCUGGACAACGCCAAGUCUGACGAUCCAGUCGUGGCUAUCAUCUUAAACAGCCACUCUGUUGAGAAAUUUGAAGUUGGAAAUAGAUUUUCGUUGGACAUUUUCUCUCCGGAAUGCGGCUAUGUAUCAGUGCAGAUGAAACCAGACGAAGAAUCGUCACUGAAGUUUGUAGAGUUGAGGAUGAUAAUGGAAGAUGCUAUGACCAUCGGAGCAUCUAAAGAAGAGGAAGACGCCAGCUUUAAUGACAGUGCCAUGAUAUACCCAUCUUCAAGCGGAGCAGAAGAGGAAAGGAUCGGCAUUCAAUUUGACAACAAUAACCGUCAGAAGGUUGUGGUGUUGGAGAACCAAAAUGGCUCGGCGAGUUUGCUCGACCCCACUCAUCUAAGUGCUGUACUGGAUACACAAGACGAGCUGGGACUUUCAGGGGAAGUUGACGAGGAUUAUGUACUUGGGGGAUCCCCCUUCGCGAACAAUUUCAUGAUAAGUGAACACAUGGUGGGAGAAAACAAAGUCUUACAAAAACCAGGUGACUCUCAUUUUGUUCUAACGGAGGAUGAAGAACGAGUGUUUAAUGUAACUGAAUCAAUAACCGUUCAGGACGCUUACCUUAAUAGCGUAAAAAUGGGUCAUUUUAAUAGAAUAGAGGAACAUGCUUACUCGUCCGGUUUUGACUCUCCAAAAAGGGUGGCAAGGUCUUCAGUAUCUGGGACACCGGAAUCGGGCAAAGCAAUGUCUGGGAUAAUGAGUCCAGGUGGGGAAAGAUAUGUCCGGCGACUAUCGUCCGAACUUGCAUCACCAGCAUACAGCGGUGGGUCAGCAGAUUGUGUUCGGUCCCCUAGUUCCAAGCUGUCACAGCGGAGCGACAGUUAUGACGAGGAUUGGGACGUUACUCAUGGGUCUGAUAAUGAAGAGCUAGAGACGUUAGAUUCUCCAUCGAGUUCUCCACCUGACCCGGAAGUGGAGAGUCGGUACUUCCUGUCCGGAAUAUUCCUCCCUCAGCCUCAGUUACAUCGAGACAUGGCAUGGACGCCACCAAAAUCUCCGUUCAAUCUCAUCCAGGAGUCGCUGUUCCAUGACCCAUGGAAACUCCUUGUGGGGACUAUCUUCUUGAACAGGACCACUGGUUCAGCAGCGAUUCCGCUGCUAUGGCGAUUCUUCAACAAGUGGUCCAACCCUGACACCGCGCGUAAAGGGGACCCGGCUGCUAUGGCAAGAUUGUUACAACCACUUGGUUUACAUGAGAAAAGAGCUCACACAAUUGUCAGAUUCUCACAUGAGUAUUUAACAAAGGACUGGCAGUACCCACGAGAGCUAUAUGGAAUUGGUAAAUAUGGCGACGAUUCCUACAGAAUCUUCUGUCGCAAUGAAUGGAAACAGGUUCAACCGCAAGACCACAAGUUGAACCUCUAUCACAGCUGGCUUACAGAUAAUGCAGAAGCUCUUUGCUUGACCUGAUAAUGCCACCAGAUUGUGGGCGUAGCCACAGAAUGGACUGAAACUUGUAUAUAGUGAACCAUGUAAAUAUGUGUGUUUAGAACAUGGAAUGAAGUUAAAACAUGUUUUGUGUAACAUGCUAUUUUAUGACAGUUAAGAACAUGGUCAUUGUUUAAUAUAUUUGCUUAUCUUUGGUAAUAUAAUGAAUAUGUAUUGGUGCCGUUUGUUCACAGAUUUGUUUUGAAUAAAAUUCUGGAGAACAAGUGAUUUUUCAAAUAAGGUAUCUUGUCUGACAAGUCAAUUUUCAUAACAACAUUUUUCUGGAAUCUUUUGUUUUCAAUUUAUCAAUGUGCUUGUAUAUGAAAGUCCACCAAUUUAAUGGUUUUAGUUAAAUCAGUUUUACCAAAAGAAAAAAAUUAUGUUUCUAAAAAAUUGUUCACAAAUAUUCAUUAUUUUAUUAAAUGCAUUUAAUUGUUUGCUUAACUGCAUCAUGUUAUGCAUGUUUUUGUUUCGCUCAAACUUUCACAGUUGAAUGUAGUUAAUGUGUUGAUGAUUGUUAACAAAGGAAUAGUGACUGACCACUUUUCUCUGAAUAAUAGCUGUUUGUCAUUUUGUCCACUGUAUAACAUAAAGCGAAUUGGUCUUGUCAAAUAUGUGUUUAGGGUUCAUGAGUGUCUGUGACACAUUUCUAGUUAUGUGUGUAGUUCAUAUGAGUCGCGUUCUGAGAAAACUGGGCAUAAUGCAUGUGCGUAAAGUGUCGUUCCAGAUUAGCCUGUGCAGUCCACACAUGCUUAUCAAUGACGACACUUUCCACCUAAAUUGGAUUUUUGCUAAGAAGAGACUUCAUUUUAAAGAAAAAAUGUCACAAAAGCGGAAAGUGUCAUCCCUGAUUAAUCUGGGACGACACUUUACAUACAUGCAUAUGCCCAGUUUUCUCAGAACACAACUCAUAUAAUUGUUAAAAUUAAGCUGUUGUAGUAUUCCUAUGAUGUUUAAUUGAUAUUGUGACUCGUGGGCAUUAGCAUAAUGGCAAUGUAUCUUUCAAGUGUUUGGUUUUCAUGUCGUGUUAUAUCAGCUAUUGACAAGUGACAAAAAGUGAAAUUAAAUAAAUUUGUCUUAUUGAUAGGCAGGACAACCAAAACAUUAGCAUUUGUUUAGGGUAUAAGUGUUUUCUAAACAAUGUUUUGAAAUUGUACUGUGCAGCCAUUAAAAGGUGAUAAUCCUUACAUUUAUUUUAUUGUUUUGUUAACUUGGAAACAGUAUGAGCGAAGGGUAAUGCCUCUAUGCAUAAUGAUUUCUUUGUAAAAAGGAUUUAUUCACAGAAUUCAAACAAAAAUGUUGAUGUUUUAACUAAAAAUAAGUUGAAUAAAAACUAUUGCCUUCCCUGUGAUACAAACCCAUGUCUUUUGGAAGCAAAUUAUAACUUUACAUCACUCUGGUUUUGAUCUUCAUGGCUUGAAUUUUACAUUACUUAUCUAGAUAUUUUACAAACUAUCUGUGAAGAAACGUUUCUAAUUCUUUAUUAUUUUACCGAUUUUGAACGAUGAUUUCCCAUGAAUAACCAAUAUCUUAAACAUGAUUCUUUGAAAGGACUCUCAUUUUCUUGUUUCAAUAUUAUGCAUAUAUUCUCUUUUAAAUGAAAAACAUGUUUUUGAACAUUGUAAAUUUUACCAAACUGUGAGCAAGUCCAUUUAUAUUGAUGUUUGACAAGUAUGAUAAAGUGUCUGAAAACUUGUAUAUUUGCAACAGUGUUUAAUUUGUAACUGGUAUUUAUAAUGUUUUGUAAAGACUUACAUGUUGUUUGUCCUUUACUUUUAAUAUUUAAUUAAUUGUACAUUUAUUAUAUAAUGUAUUUUGAAGUCCUUCAAUGUGUUUGGUGCAAGUUUUCUUGUACAUAAUUUUGAAAGAUUUUUUGUUUCAAAGACAUUUGAAGUCAUUUUUCUAGCUUAGAUGCUAUGUUUAAAAUAUAUUUAUUUAAAAGGUAGAUAUCUUUUAAUAUCUGUUAAUUUUGCUGCAUUCAAAGGUUUGAAGAUACAAAAUCUACUUGUCCUCCCAAUUUUUUAAUUUUUUUCAGUAGCUUAUUGUAUUGUAAAUCUUUUUGUAAGGUUUUGUAUUGUAAAAGACGUACUAGUAAGCAUAAUAUUAUUAUCUCAAGAUUACAGGUAGCUGUAAUACCACACACAUUAAGCUAUUGAAUCAUGUUUCUUGUCUGUAGUACAUGUAUAUCAUAAUAUGUAAGUCAUGUUUUACGAUCUUACAAUGUGUUAAAAGUGAUCCAGCUCUGUCAUAUUUAUAAUUGUUGCAAAUAUGUGUAUGUGAGUAUACAUGUAUUAGGUCUUUCGUUUUGUUUUUUUUGUUUGGAGGUUUAGAAAACGUGGAACUUUUUCUGUUACAUUUGGUCAAUAAUUGUUGAUAAAAGAUUUUGCUAACCCUUAUGAAUAAGCAUUUAUAAGCAACAAGACAUGUUGAUUACAUGCAAAAUGGGUGAUGGUAAGUAUUUCCUUUUUUAUAUGUGGUAUAUUUUUUACAACUUGAUAUUAGGAGGUUUUAACUACCAUUAACCAUAAGCAAUAACAUAUGUGGAUUAUCAGCAGCUCCAAAAUGCGUGAUAGUCUGUUAACGUUUUUAUUUUUGGUAGAAGCAGUAAAAUAUAUCAAAAUGCUCAUGUCAAUAUUCACAUUUAAAAUAAUAAAUUCAUAUAAAAUUUUCAAUUACAGUAAAGGCAUGUUAAAUAAAAUGGAAUGUAGUAAUUUCGCUUGUGUAAUAAUGAGGCAUUCUUAAUAGAAUGAAGUUUGGAAAUAUUUUGCAAUACAAUUUUGAUUACACAUAAGAAGCAAUGUGCGAAAAUGGGUCUAAUGUCAUAUAUGCAGGAUAAGCUCCUGACCAUACUUCACAUCUGCAGUCUGGUCAGGAGCUACGCUGUCCGCUUAUAAGACCACACAUUUGAGUUGUGUUGUGAGAAAUCUGGGCAUAAUGCAUGUGCGUAAAGUGUUGUCCCAGAUUAGCCUGUGCAGUCCACACAGGCUAAUCAGGGAAGACACUUUCUGCUUUACUGACAUUUUUCGUUUAAAUGAAGUCUCUUCUUAGCAAAAAUCCAAUUUAGGCGGAAAGUUUGAUCCCUGAUUAGCCUGUGCACAGGCUUAUCUGUGACAACACUUUACGCACAUGCAUUAUGCUCAGUUUUCUCAGAAAGCGACUCAUUUUAUGCAACUUCAUAGCCUAGCUCCUGACCAGUCUGUGUGAUUACGCUGGUUGAUCUGAAGCCUACACUGGCCACAUAUGGCAUAAGACUCAUUUUCGCAUGAUGCAGGUCCAAUUACAAUACUCUGGAUUGUUACAGUAUUAGAAUUUUACUGCAAUUCAUUAUUCUCCUCUUCUAAGUUUAGCAGGUAAGCUGAAUUCCCCACGGCUGGGUGUCUGUCUGUCAAUAGACACAGACUUGUAUAACAGAGUUCUCCUACCUUAAAACAUACAACAAUCAAACUUAUAUGAAUUGUUCCUUAUUAUACAAAUUUGUACAUGUGCAGUUAUUAUCCUACGUUCAAAAAUUGCUUAUGUCAUGUCCUAAUAAGUUGAUUGUCAUAACUAUUUAUUAUAACUUGCGGCGUUGUGAGUAUUCAUCGCAAUUCUGAUUAGCUCUAGUAUUAAAUUUUGCAAAGUUGUAUGCUGGUUGAGUCGUGGGUAAUUUUCAUAAAGUUGUUACAUCACAAAUAUUUUAUAAAUAUAUGACCAUGAAUCAUAAUGAAAAUAAUUAUUAACCUUUCUUCUUUAAGAUGUGUUGCUUUUUUCCAAAUGUUUAUCGUCUUUAAACAUCAAAAUAAUCGACUGUGUUGAUCGUGUCAAACUACCAUCAUGAAAAUAAGCUUCCGGUUGAUUCGUGGGUUCUGAUUGGCUGCAAGAAUUUCAAGAUUUGCAUACUAUAAAUAGCCUUUAAACUGACCUUGCAGGACAGGUUAAUUUCUUGUGAAAAAAUGUCAACAGACGAUGAAGCAUGGUAAAUACUCAUAAAUAAACAAUUUUGUGUUACUUUGAAACACUAUAUGAACAA